GAAUUCCAACACACUUGAGAGUUCAGACUCAGUAAGCAUGUUCCCAUCUUGCCACGAGUCCUUUCCUUUUAAAUAAAUCGAAGAUUCAAUGGGCCCACUUCCACUUUCUGUUGUUGCUAAAUGUCUUAUCCGCUCACGCCUCUCCGACACGUGUGUUCUUAGAUCCUCAGACUCAGACCUUCCCAAAUUAUCCGGACACAGAUUCACAGUCACCGCAUCCCACCCUGCCUCUGGGCUUUCAAGAUUUCCGUUUCUUAUCCGUUUAUACUUUUGACAACGACAACAGCAACAAAUGACCUCGGAUUUUCAGUUUUUACAGAUGUAGCUGUCUCUAUUCUUCUGGAACCACAAUUCCAUUUUGGUUUUCCAGGUCUCAAAUAGCCUGCUUGCUUCUCUGGCUUAUGAUGACAACAUCUCAUUGAAGGCGUUCUUGCUGUGAAACGAUGGAUGACGUAAUUUCACGACUAUUGAACUUGACAUCUUAUAUAGCACAACAAUUUUUCCAGUUUAUCGAGGAUCUUCUCGUCUUUAGAGAUGUGAAUAGAUGCUCACAGGAGUCGGUGGCCAUUGAAUCUGGUCAAUAUACAAGAGAUGCAUCGAGUUCUCGAUGUUGCUCAUCUUUGUUGGGAGAGUGCCACCAAACGACCAGGCUUGGCGUUCACUCCUGCCAGAUCGGUGAUAAUUUGCCUUUAUAUUCACUACCACGAAUCGUAAAACACAAUGUCAUUCGUGGGAGUGUCAACCUCGUUUUUAAAGGGGUGACACUUCCGCUAUCUAGUCUUAAAUUUGGUUGGAGAUUAAUGUCUGCCUCUUGGAACAGCUCCUUUUGUUAUGCCAGAUGUGCUCAUGCUCGAGUGCAGCGCUUUAUAUCACGUGUAUCUACAACCUUACAUGGAUCUUCGGGUGAUAUUGGAUGGAUGCAACGAGAUCCCAGACUGGCUCCCGUGGAGGAUGGCUCUGCACGAUUCUCAGAGCUACUACAAGACAUUAGGAAUGGGAAUCAUAUGCUGCCUGAUUGUUUUGUUUAUCUUUUAAUCCCAGGCCUUUUUAGUAAUCUCGGUCCCUUGUAUUUCGUGACUACCAAAAAGUUCUUCUCGAAGAUGGGCCUAGCUUGUCAUAUCGCUAAGAUCCAGAGCGAGGCGUCUGUGGAAAAGAAUGCUUGGGAACUAAAGCAGUAUAUCGAGGAAUUAUACUGGGGAUCGGGCAAGUGUGUAAUGUUGCUCGGUCACAGCAAAGGAGGGAUUGAUGCUGCUGCUGCUUUGUCGAUUUAUUGGCAUGACUUGAAGGAUAAAGUUGCGGGAUUGGCGUUCGUGCAGAGCCCUUACGGUGGAUCGCCUGUUGCUUCAGAUAUUCUUCGCGAAGGCCAGAUUGCUGACAAGGAAACCCGGAGGAUCAUGGAGUUUAUCGUUUGCAAGAUAUUCAAGGGCGAUAUGCAGGCGUUGGAUGAUCUGACAUACGAGAAGCGAAAGGAGUUUGUGAAAAACCAUACGCUUCCCAGCGACAUUCCUCUCGUUUCCUUCCACUCCGAGGCGAGGGUGGCACCCGGGGUUAUAGCCACCAUGUCACACAUAGCACAGGCCGAGCUUCCGUGGAUCCCGAUCCCCCGGCUCGGCAGCAAGGACGCCGCUGCGCUUCUUCUCCAAUCGGGAUUCAAGGUGCCCGUCAUCCUCCCAGUCUCUGCCGCCCUGGCGCUCUGCGCGCUCCAUCUGCAACUGCGAUACGGGGAGAAGAGCGACGGGCUAGUAACCUGUCGCGACGCAGAAGUGCCGGGCUCGGUGGUGGUGAAACCAGACAAGAAACUUGACCAUGCUUGGAUGGUGUACUCUUGCUGGAGAAAUGAUCCUCUUGAGCCUGGUGCUAGUGAAAUGUGUGAAGCUCUUUUGACUAUGCUUGUGGAAAUAGCAAAGAGAAGAAAGUAAUGAGGGUAUCUGGUAACAUGUCCUAAUAGUAAAAAGUUUUUUUUUUUUUUUUUUUUUAAAUCAAUGCUCUAAUGAUCCAUUUUACUGCUGUAAAUGGGUCUAUUUUACUGUUGUGUUUCCAUACAAUAUGUUGUGAAAAAGAUUUUGGCUUGAGUAAUUAAUAAGCUACCUAAGAGACUUUUAUCCAUCCAA